AUGGAAUUCGACUGUGGAAUAUGGAAAUUUAAACCGAACAUCUUGCAACCGUGUGCAUCCAUUCGAUGGUUCACGACAUUUUUCAGCGUUACUGCACUUCUGACGUCAUCAUUACAAAUGUACAUCAACUCUCAGGUAUCAUCAAUAGAAAAACAGUUUGAAUUAAGUAGUAAACAGUCUGGAUUUUUAAUGAGUUGUGAUGAAAUAGGAUUUUUGACAUCAUCUAUAAUAGUUGGAUACAUUGCUCGUCGAGUCCAUAUUCCUAGAGUACUCUCGAUUGCCACUGCAUUUUAUGGCAUUUCGGCACUCAUCUGCUGCAUACCUUAUGUUCUAACUACGUUAAAAGACAGGUCAGAUAACUUUUCUAAAUCACAUGGACGUUUUAAUAUUUCAAAUCCAAAGUUAUCAAAGUUUUCUAGUUAUCUUUGCGCGCCAAAUUUAAAUAUAUCAGAAGACAACUCGGGUAACCCAAGCAUGCGCAUUGACCAAGGCGAAGUGUAUGGAAAUUUGAAAGGCUGGAGUAUGUUUUUAAUUGGCCUGGGAAUGAUGCUUCAGGGUAUCGGUAAAGCCCCGAGAAACUCGAUGCUUGCAGAAUAUGUUGAUGAAAAUGGAAACCGAAGAAAAACAGGAUUCUAUGUUGGCAUCAUCGCAUCUACAGCAAUGUUCGGACCUGUCCUAGCUUUUGGCCUUGGAAGUGUUUUUAGUAACCUCUAUGUUACUUUAGAAGAUGUUCCUAUCAAACCACGUGAUCCAAACUGGAUAGGAGCUUGGUGGCUGGGGUUUCUAGUGUUUGGAAUUAUGUCCAUAGUAUCAGCGGUGCCCAUCUUUCUGUUCCCAAGAAAACUGUUAGAAAAUACAAAUGCAUCCCCCUUGAAAAUCAAGAGACGUACACAUGAAACAAAACUAUCUUUUCUGCACACUGAAAUAAAAGGACUUUUCAAGGCGAUCUGCAGGAUAUUUUCCUCCCCUCUAUUUAGCCUGACUCUAUUUGCCGCUGUUUUACAAUUACUAUCAGUAUCUACGUAUUUGACGUUUCUGGUAAAAUAUUUUGAAAACCAGUUCCAUUUACCAACGUGGAAAUCCAAUUUGGUUAUGGGUAGGUUUUUCUUAUCCAAAUGA